UUCUUGCUGUUCAACCAAACUCCAUCGUCAUCAUCAACAAAUCCUACAUCAUAUGAACAUUAUUUGAAAACAUCGUCAGAGCUGAUCAUUUUGCAGAGACUUGUUCAAUGGACAGCCAAGCAGACAAGACCCAGAAACAGACAGAAACAGAGGAUCAACAAUGCCAACAACGAUCUUCUCCUGCAACUACUGUCACAGAAAAUUCUACAGCUCGCAGGCACUUGGGGGACACCAAAACGCACACAAGCGUGAGAGAACUCUGGCCAAAAGAGGACACAACAACAACGUUGGUGGUUCUGCUUCACAUGUUUCUGCAGAUUUUGGACAAAGGUAUUAUUAUUCAUGUAUGGCUUCUCUUCCUUUGCAUGGCUCCUCCCAUAACAGACCACUCGGGAUUCAAGUUCAUUCCAUGAUUCACAAGCCCUUCUCUACUUCUUCUUUUCAACCACGUCGUUUCCAGAAGAAUCAUCCAUUAUCCGGGGCUUCCUAUGUUUGGACAGGAACUGAAUCAUCAUCAGCUUCUUUAACUUCUGGGACUCCAAAGUUUUCUCCAAGGCCUGUCACAGAGGAACUUCACAAACUUGACUUGUCCCUCAGACUGUGAACAAGCACACUGUACUGACAUCACAGUAUAUGUAAUGCUGAAUUGUAAUUUUGAAGUCACACAGAGACACAUUUCCAACAUUUUAUGUAAUGUUUCAGAUACUUUAAAUGCAUUCAGGCAAAUAUCUGAGGUUGUGUUCUGGAA